AGCUUCCUUGGCAGCUGAGCUCUUAACAGGUGCUUUGCAAAUAACCCCUGGGCUUCCUGGAUCGGUGAGUUGCAUCUACUCUCCACCUGGCAACAGGCAGAGGAAGAGGAGCUGCAGAAGAAGACCCCACAAACUUGCUUUGGGGGCAAAGAAAGGAGGGAACUGACACUUGACAACCAGCCUGUGGACUGAGAGUUGGAUUUUGAAGUUCUCUCUCACCAGGAAAGGCAACUAACAGGUGAACUGAAAGAGGAUACACACCCGGAACUCCGAAGCGAGAAGGAAAAUAGCUUAGCUAAAUUCCACCAGUUCAUCAGUCAAAAGAGGGAGGAUGGAAUCCUGGUGGCUGUAUAACAGCUGAUUGGCUGAGAAGAGUGGACCAUCUCAGGUUGUUCUUUGGAUAAAUGGAGAAAAGAUUCCAGAAUGUUGAUUGUCCCAUCAGGGAGAAUGCACUGAAGAUGCCUAUCGGCUAAGAACAGAGAGCUGUUCCACUGGUUGAUUGGUCCCUGAUGGAGAUACAUUAUUGUACUGGCUGAUUGGAAAGUGUGGUUUUUGUUUUCUGUCAUUCAUUGGCCCAGUCCAAAGCAUCUAUUCUAGCUGCCAAUUGGCUGUCAUCAGCCCCAAACUGGCAAUUCUUUGGAGCAACCCAGAAAGCCUAUGUGUGUGUGGUGUUUUGUUUUUGUUUUUUAACUUUUAGCCAAGAGCUGUUUUGUUUUUACUUUUAGCAACUAUUAAUUAAUUUAUUGGGAUAAAAAGUCUGGAGACAUUCUCCAAUUGUUUGUUCACUGAAAAGAACAAAUAUCCCAGCAGUUAAUAAGUUCAGAAUAUUCUAGCCACUGAUUGGCUGAGGAUAAUUUCUGGCUCUGGGCCAAAAAAGGAUACUUCUCAACAGGCACUGGUUGGUCCUAAGGAAUAAAUUGAUUGCAAAUCUUUGCUUCUCUUGGAGAUGUUUUUGCUUGUGAGUACUGUUUUCCUCAAGUGAAGAAAAGUGUCUGGAAAUGAAGCAGUAAGACUGAUUUUUCUGGACAAACCACUUAAUGUUUUGAUCUUGAGGAAUUUUAAAAGGAUUGUUCUCAGAAGCUGGAAACCAUAUUUUUUUGCCAUAGACGGAUUGGCAAAAAAAAUCUGGAAAGAAGCCACUCUUCUCAUGAUGUUACCGGCAAAAUGAGAUCAUAAUUGUGUUGGCUGCUGUACUGUUGCAUAGACCUCCUAGUUAACCUAGGGAAUUUAUGCCCCUUUCUAACCACUGGGUGCCUCUCCCCAUUUAAAGAACUCAAGUGUUCUUAUUUCUGCUGCUAACUGUCCAGAUCUCUCUGCCAUCCAAGUGUAGGAGCUUGCUGGCUUCCAAUCCACUCAACUCAUUGGGUUUUAAGCUAACAAGAACUCACUCAAAAAGAAUCUGGGUGUUUUCCCUUCCUGCUCUGCUAAUCAAACACUUCCAAUCUUAUUCUGCAUCUAAAGAAGUCAGAGUCCAUCUGUAUACAGGGAGUGAUAGCCCAAUUACAAAUUUAUGAUAGCCUUUUCCAUAAGUUCUAGGCCAGGUGGAUUUUCAAUAUCUCAUUUAGUGGAGUAGAAGAGAAGCUAUAUGCAAAUACUAGUUCUAACAGAUAGACCUAGAAGCAGGUGACUUCCUAUUCAAUGUUGACAAAGGGCUACAACAAAGUUCAUGGUUAGAUUUGAAUUAGGACUUGAGAUCAUGUUAGAGGAAUAGGUGAUCAACCCUGUACUCACUAGUUCUAGCACUGGUAGAGCGAAGAGCUUCUAGUAUUUGUUUUGGGUGACGUGUUGGUAUCUUAGAUUAGCUGCCCCCAGUAUAUCCUUUGGGCUGUGGUUAUUAAGAACAAAUGCUGUGGAAAAAGGAUGACACAGCUGGAUACCUUACUGGUGUAGAUGUGCAAAAGGUUACAAAGCUGGUUCCAUAUUAGAAUAUGGGUUAUGAAGUGAUUCAUUGGCUCUAACCUAUUCAUAAAACUGAGUUUGGGGUCUAGGGGGGUUGAGUCUAUUUUGGCACUGAAAGAGGAAGCCAUCUGCCUAAGGAUUCCCGUACUCUUUGCUUAGGAUUGCAAUUAGGAUAGAGUUAAGGGUGUUAUGAACUGAGAUGUCAACAUGAGACUAUUUGGAUUAAGAGAAGAGGCUGUGCAUUGUAUCUCUUCCCUGUAUUCAACACAAGAGUGAUUCCUAAGGUGCUCCAGUGUGUCAUAAGAUAUGGUUUGGGAGGAGGGUCUCAGAUGGUCGAUGAAGGGUUGAAUUAAUGUGAAAGCUAAGGAUUAUGGUUAAGGCAUAGGUGUAAGGUGAUAGAGACAUCUGGGAACUCUUCUACCACAACCUUGAGGGUUACUCAUCUUGGCCUUUGUGGUUGUCCUAUGGAUAUUGUAGUUUUUAUCUGCAGCAAUUCACAGGUGAUAAUGCUUAUCUCCAUGCCCUGAAAAGCUUUCCUGGCAGAUUUAUGCAUAUCAAACCUUUGUGAAAGGGAGAAGAAUAGGCCAGGGACAUUUGAUUUUUUCCUGACCAACUGACAAUCUUUGGAAUCAAAGUGAAAGGUUUGGAAAGGGAUAUAGGGGGAAAUACAUUAAAACCUGUUUCUCCUAUGACAAGUUAGUUAAGGAAGAUCUAGAGAGGGCAAAGAUCUACAUUAAGGUAUUGGAGAAAGCCUUUCAGUUUAAGGAUGCAAGAUCUCAAUUUAGAUCUUUAGCAGAAUCCCAUGCCCUUUCCCAAAGGCCAUGGCCAACUCCCAGGUCCUAUGCCUGGAGAGUGAAGAGCCCUAUGUUAAAGUAACGGAAUCAAACCCUGAAUUUUAUUAUUCUGAGGGUCAACGACUAGCCCUUGAAACUCUACUUGUUGAAGGUGAGGAGGGCUUCAAGAAAUGCCUUGCCCAGGAAAAGCUCCGGCACUUUCUUUCGGAUGUAGAGCUGCAAGAACUGAAGACAGCAGCAACUGCAGAGGAUUCUCGGGCUCUCCAGCCUGGCGGAGCAGGGAUCUGCAGCCAUGGUGACCAAGGAUCCAGUCUCAGCUAUUGGCCUGGACGAUCGGAUGAGCCCACUCCGGAUCUAGAACUAGGUUGGCCAAAUAAUGGAGCCUGGAAAGGGAUUACUCGGGCUGAGGUGUAUACCCAUCCGCCAGGAGAAGGAGCACCGCAUAUCAAGGAGUUGGUGCGCAGAUGUAUUCAGCAGGCUACCAAGGGUGAUAUGGAUGCAGAAGCAAGCAUACAGGCAGUCCCAUCCCGGAUUCAUAGAAGGGUCAUUGCUAUAGUCAUGGAUAUUUUCACGGAUCCCGACAUCCUCUUGGAUCUGUACGAUGCUGCAGUCAGGCGCAGAGUGCCCGUCUACAUCAUCCUCACCAGACAGCAUCUUGCCUCCUUCCUCUCCAUGGCUGAGAAAACUUGCCUUAACGUCCGCUACACAGAGAACUUGAGAGUUCGACUCAUCCGUGGAUGUACUUUCCAAAGCAGACACCAGAAACAGGUCACAGGGACUGCGAAGGAGAAAUUUCUGCUGGUUGACGGGGAGGUUGUGAUCACUGGCAGCUACAGCUUUACAUGGACCGACGCACGCUUGAACCGGCACCUGGUCACUCGGCUUACAGGGGAGGUGACAGAGGCCUUUGACCGGGAAUUCCGCACCUUGUACGCUGCCUCCUGCUCCCUGCCAGCCCUGGGGAUGCCUCCUCGGCCCCAGAUUGCUGCGGUGUCUCCACUACCGAGUGCCAAUGGGCCAGAUGCAGCUCCAUUCAUCAGCAUCUUGGACGGGGUGCAGCUGUCCAACCGCAUUGCAGAGCGACGCUCUGUGGCACCACAACCCGUGGCCAAGAGCCGUGCUGGUGAGUGGGAGCUAGUGCUAGCCUCUCCUGCCACCGCCGAAGAACCCCUGCUACCUGCUCCGCCACCUGAGGUCUCAAUCAAAAACCGGUUGGCAGCGUGGCGUGGCGUGGACAUGGCUGCCGGGGCCUUGCAGGGAGGCCCUGAUGCACACAAUGCACUCAGUGAUAUCCUCAGGAAUGUGCAGCGCAGCCGGCUUUCAGCAGCCAAGACCACAGGUGCCCGUGCUAGUAAGUCGCUGUGGGACCUCAGUCGCUUCAGCCAGCUCUCGGGGUCCAGCACUGGAUGGGGGCGCAACGGGACAGAUGCUGCCGAAGAUGCUAAGAAGUGGGGUUACCAGGACACACCAGCAAAGGAGCUGAUGAAGCAACGAGGAGCUGGCCAUGCCCCAGAGGAGCCAAGAAUGCCUGUCUACCUGCCACAUGGGCGAAUGACCCCUUCUCCUGGCUACCUGCCUCUAGGGAGGCUACAAGGACAGUUGUAUCAUAACCCUACCAGUACAGGUCUACCCCGGGCCUGGGGGCAUUCAGGAAAACCUCAUUAUGGGCAUCAGCUACGGUUCUGAAAUACCUCUAGAAGUCCAGAGGCAAAAAAGGAUACAGGAGGACACACUGGGACCAGACUGGAAGAUUUCCUUCAAGAAUGACAACCUACAGAGAGGAGAGAUCAAUCAAGUGGCAGGAGAGAUUGGCAGGUUAUAAGUUUGGGGCUGCUGGUUUUGCAAUGGGAUAUGCUGGAAGACUUUUCUACCUUAUCUUCCCCCUCCCCCACCCCCUGCAAACUACAGGACAAUCUCCUGGACUGUUACUGGUUUAUACUGUGACAAGCUUGUCUUUGUCAUUAGCAAAUGAGGAAAGGUGAAGUUGUGUCCUCUAGUACACCUACACUGGAUUGAACUGGAAACAAGCAAUAGAACUAACGUUUUAAAUUGGUGGUUUUAAAUUGUUUUGUGGGAUACUUGCUGAGGCACUGGAAUAAAGGUUAUACUGGCAGAAAUCGGGGAAGGCCCAGCCAGAAACUUCACUACUUCAGCUCCAAUCAAUGUUAUUUGCAAAAAAGAUACCAUCGAGUUAGAGCCUCUUCUGUGAGUGUGAAAAAACAUUGCUUUUCAAAUCUUUACUAGAUUAUACUGUGAAUGACUUCCCUUCGUGAUCAAAAUAUAGUAUGCCGGAAAUUGGACAUGCAGUCAGCAGAACACACUGACAUUUAAGAGGUCGAAAUAAUUGCACUGAACCCCACCAGUUUCUAGGGGGAGGGAUCUAAAAAGAAGGGUGCUAUUCUAAGGUUUAUCUCCAUUAAGAACGAUGGUCAAAGUAGAUGAUAAAGAGCAGGAGGAAGACAUUUUGCAGAGACAUAAGAACAGGGGAAAUCCAUCAGAUCGUUAUACUGAAUACCAACUAAGGAAAUGCAAAUUAGAAAAGGUAAUUGGAAACACAUUCACACACUGAAUCUAAGCUACAGGGGAGAGAAAACACCCAGAUAAUUAGCUGAGAGUAAUAACUAUUCACGCCUGUUCAGAGACAGUAAAUACCUCAGAGUGUAACAGCUGCUGGGAACAGACAGCAGGAGAAGACCAUCACGACCAUGUCCUGCCUCUGAGCUUCCCGGGACAGCUGGUUGGGUACUGUUGGAUAAUGCUAGACUCAGUGCAUCCUUGAUUUGAUGUAGAAAACCAAUUAUAUGUUCCUGUGACUCCCAAA